AUGGCUGACUCAAUCAACCCUCCUCUCUCAUAUGAGGCGUCCGCUACCACUACUCACCCCCAUGAAGCCACCUCUUUGCCUGCCGAAGUCAUUUCGUGCCUGAAGAACUCCCGCUUCCUGCACUUGGCAACAUGCGACAAUCUGACCCCCCAUAUCUCGCUCAUGUCCUAUACAUACCUUCCUUCGACCCCCUUCGAUCCCUACCCAACAAUUAUUAUGACCACCAACCUGGCAUCUCGAAAGACCAACCAUCUUCUCUCCAAUCCACGGGUGUCUUUACUGGUCCACGAUUGGGUUUCUCAUCGUCCGCCCACUCGCACAGUGAAUCCCAGCGGUGGGCGUGACGGCUCUCCCCCGCCAGCGGCAACUCGCUCAUCUCUGGCCAGUUUGCUCUUGAACUUAAACACCAGCGCUCUCUCCAGUAUCUCGACCACCAUCACUGGGGAGGCACGAUUCCUUGAACCAGGCUCCGAGGAAGAAGCUUGGUGCAAGGAACGUCAUCUAGAAAACAACACCUUUGAGGAGGAGGAGAUCAAUCUCUUUGGCCAGCAGCAGCAGCAGCUCCAAGGCCAGACUCAGCGUCGCCCCAGCAUUUCCAUUGAUAACGAUGUUCGUGUGGUGACUGUGCAAGUCCGUGAGGGUCGUAUUGCCGAUUGGAAGGGUGGUGUCCGAGACUGGGUAUUGCUUCCCCCAACAGAAGCUUCAGAAGGGUUGGUGAAUGGAGUCACUUUAUAG